AUGCUCGCCGUUUCCCCUGCUUCGCCCCGUUGCGCGGGAGUGAGCCGCGAUUACGCGGGAGGAACACGCGAAGGGAGGGAGCAGCGGUUUAAGGCAAGGCGUGGACGGGAGGUAGCAGCGUAUUUGCGCAAGGGGCAGACGGGAUCAAGGAGCAGUCUCGCGCGCGUGGCGGACUGGACCCCUCUGCUGUACCCCUUUCUAUACCUUACUCCCCUCUCAAACUCCCCUCACCCCUCCCUGCCCUCUCUCCCCAUCCUUCCAUUUCCCCCCUGUUUUCCCUGUUCUUUCCCCCCUCUCUGCCCUCUCCUAUCCCUCCUCUCCACCCUAUCCUACAACCUCACUCCGCCCUGUCCUAUCCCCUCACCCUUCUUCCCCCUUUCCCCUCUCUGCCUUACACCCUUCUCAAACCCCCCUAUCUCCCCACGCAACUCACCUUCUCUUCACCCCUGUCCUGCCCUCUGCCGUCACCCUCCUGGUUCACCAGAUGGAUGGACGUCUGGCAACCCCCUCCCACGCACAUCUGCCUCCCCAUCCCCUCCCUUUGCGACGCCGCACUCCCUUCCCUUCUACUCCCUUCCGUCCUCCCACUGCCUCCGCUCCUGCACUCUCUCCCUUCCCUCCACGCCUCCUCCCUCACUCGCCUCUCCUUCCUCUCUUGGCCCCCAUCCCUUUCUCGCCGCCUCCACCCCAUCAAUUGCAAGUCCUGGCAACCAAUCUUCUGGCCCUCAAAGCUCCGUCCCACCCGUCACUGCUGUCAAUGCCGCGCCCUCCACCUCCCCAGCUGCUCACUCUUUCUUUUUCGCUGCUUACCCUUAG